GGCCGGCGGUGACGUCAGCGCUAUAAAGGGCCGCAGCUCCUUUGUUCGCUCCCAUUGCGCAGUUGGGGCAGGGUGGGAGCGGAGGUCUCUUGUAUCAUCAAAAUGGUUGAAGCAGAUCGUCCUGGGAAACUGUUCAUCGGUGGCCUGAACACAGAGACAAAUGAGAAAGCCCUUGAGGCUGUAUUUGGCAAAUAUGGACGCAUUGUGGAAGUCCUCCUGAUGAAAGAUCGUGAAACCAACAAGUCAAGAGGGUUUGCUUUUGUAACGUUUGAGAGUCCAGCAGAUGCUAAAGAUGCUGCCAGAGACAUGAAUGGAAAGUCAUUAGAUGGGAAAGCAAUUAAAGUGGAACAAGCAACCAAGCCAUCCUUUGAAAGUGGUGGUAGGCGUGGGCCACCACCCCCUCCACGAAGCAGAGGUCCUCCCAGGGGCCUUAGAGGUGGAAGAGGCGGAAGUGGCGCGAGAGGACCACCUUCAAGAGGGAGUCACUUGGGGUCUUCUCGAGGGCCACUUCCCAUGAAGAGAGGUCCACCUCCACGAAGUGGAGGCCCUCCACCUAAAAGAUCUGCACCUUCGGGACCAGUGCGUAGCAGCAGCAUGGGAGGAAGAGCUCCUGUGUCACGUGGAAGAGACAGUUAUGGUGGUCCUCCACGCAGAGAACCGAUGCCGUCACGAAGAGAUGUCUACAUGUCUCCAAGAGAUGAUGGCUAUAGCACUAAAGAUGGUUACUCGAGCAGAGAUUACCCCAGUUCCAGGGACACACGGGACUACGCGCCACCUCCCCGCGACUAUGCGUAUCGCGACUAUGGUCAUUCCAGUUCACGUGAUGAAUACCCCUCCAGGGGCUAUAGCCUUUCCUCUUACAGCGAUCGUGACGGAUAUGGUGGUGGACGUGACAGAGACUACUCAGAUCAUCCAAGUGGAGGUUCCUACAGAGAUUCGUAUGAGAGUUAUGGUAACUCACGUAGUGCUCCACCUGCACGAGGGCCCCCGCCAUCUUAUGGUGGAAGCAGUCGAUAUGAUGAUUACGGCAGCACACGUGAUGGAUAUGGAAGCCGAGAAAGUUACUCAAGCAGCAGAAGUGAUGUCUACUCAAGUGGCCGUGAUCGUGUUGGAAGACAAGACAGGGGUCUUCCCCCAUCCAUGGAAAGGGGCUAUCCACCUCCUCGUGAUUCAUACAGUAGUUCAAGCCGCGGAGCACCCAGAGGUGGUGGCCGUGGCGGAAGCAGAUCUGACAGAGGUGGAGGCAGAAGCAGAUACUAAAAACACUCUUAACUUUUUUUGGACCAAGACAUUACUUCUCAAACAAAUUAAAAAAAAAAAAGUGGAAGUUCUAUCUUUACUACCAGAGGACUACUAAAAGGAAAAGUUGUUUUUACCUUUUUUUAUUGUUGCCUGUUAAGUUUUCCCCUCCAUGACUUUUAUGCUUUUGUGAAGAAAAGUUAAACCAGUGUUUAAUUUCAUUUCAAAAUUGUUAACAUUUCUUUCGAAAGGCAGAUGUUAAAUGUAUAAAAUUUGAGCUGUGUACUAGUGUUGUAAUUUCCAAAGUAAAGUUUCCCUGAAAUGCCACACUUCCCAUCUGACUUUGCUCGUGAACAGAAUAAGCAGUUCUUAAGAUCUUCCACACGACAUCCAACUAUCUAAAAGGAGCUGGAUUGUUCCACGCAUUCAGCAUCUCGCUCUUAAAGUAUUGUUUGUGAUGUGGAGGGUGGUGGGGAUGUUCCACAGGAAAGUUCAUUUUUGUCUAGAAUUCCAAGUCAGUGUUCCCUGGAGUCAGUGUUCCCAGUAGAAAAUGCCUUCAGAUCCUUGUGUUUAAAAAAAAAAAAAAAAAAAAAAAAAGUCAAUCCACCUGAAAAAACAUGUGGAUAAUACUAUUUUUUUUUUUGCCUUCCUCCUGUUUCCUGGGGAGUUUAAAAAGUUCUCCCCAUCAAAUGAACCAUGUACAUGUAAGUCAGCUACAGUAUACUGUUAAAAAAAUUAAAAAAAAAUAAAAAGGUUUGACCAAUUCA